ACGGUUUACAACAAAACCGCAGUUCAAAAAAUAUAAACAAAGCAAAACAGCGAGUCUCAAACCAAAGCUUGAAAUUGAAAUUUCAGAAAAGCUUGAAAUUUGAUUAGGAAUGUCAGACUAUCUCCCAGAGGAAGUGGUGCUGGAAAUUGUACAGAGACUUCCCGUCAAAUCCCUAAUUCAAUUCAGGUGCGUUUCAAAAUCAUGGAACUCUCUAAUUACAAGCUCUGUCUUCAUCAAUUCCCAUCUCGCUCGAUCACUUUCACUUCCCUCCAACUCCAACAAUUUAAUUGUUAGGCACUGCGUUGAUAGGCCUCAUGUAGAGCAUUACAAAUUAAUUGACGAUAACAGUGACUCAUUUGAUCAAAUUCAAAGCAUUGAGUUCCCACUUACGAGUCGUCGUAUCCAACAUUUUGUGUUAAUUGGUUCCGCGAAUGGCUUGUUCAGUCUUCAUGAACACGAGCACUUUAUUCUUUGGAAUCCCUCUAUCAGAAAAUUUAUUACCCUUCCAAAGCCUUGCAUUACUGUCAAGACACACGGCAAAGUUACAUGUCGUUUAGCAUUCGGGUCUGAUCCGCGAACUAAUGAUUAUAAGGUGGUGAGGAUUGCAUUUCCAAAUAGAACUGAUAUGUCUGAAGAGGCCAAACCACCUGUAAUAGAGAUUUAUUCUCUCAAUGAGGGCUCUUGGAGAAUAACUAGUGCCACUUUUCCGCAGGGUAUUAGUUUUUCUGAUUGGUGUCGACCGGCAGCUCCUUUAAAUGGGGCUGUCCAUUUUGCGGUACAUGAUAAUUACAAACCCAGUUGCCAAUUAGUCUUGUCAUUUGAUUUGGGUGAUGAGGUUUUUCGCUUGAUAUCAUUGCCAAAUGGUGCAUUUGGGUGGAGUGAUGUUCAUACCUUAGUAAUUGGGGGAUCUCUUUCUCUAUUAUGUUAUGAUACUCGUAAAAACACGGUCAACAAAUGCUGUUCCAUUUGGGUGAUGAAAGAGUAUGGCGUUGUUGAUUCUUGGACUAAACAGUUCACCAUUAAUCUCAAUGGAGGAAAAAUUAUAAGGGUAUUAGGUCUCCAAGGGAAUGGUAAUAUAUUAGUAGAGGCAAACGCACCAUUUGGUUGGGAGCUUUCUUCAUAUGACCCUAAGAGUGAACAAGUUAAGAAUUUGGGGAUUUGUGGUAGGCCAUACUAUUUUUGUGAUGAUAAUUAUGUGGAGAACCUUGUCUUACUCAACAAACCAAAUGACACAGUUUCCAAAAGGAGAGUGAGCAGGAAGAGGAAAUGCAGAUUGACUUCAGAUGAAGAAGAGAGACUGCUACAAAAGGCAAGGCACCUGCUACAAGAGGCAAUACAAGAAGAAGAGAGUGAAUGCCAGUUUCAACAGGAAAUAGUACAUCAGCACGAAGUAAUAAUACAUCAACAAGAGACAAUGCUAAUGACUCUUCAAGGGGCAAUGACACACAAUGAGAGAGUAUGUCAGCAACAAGAGGCAUUUCUGUGUAAACAAGCGACCAUACUACAAGAGCAGAUGGAGAAAAUAGCCAUUUUAAUAUCAAAAAUGGAGAAAAUGGAUACUGUAAAAUCAAAAGUGGUCUUUAUAAUUCAAGAAUUAAGGGGCCAGGCUGAAGUAGAGACAAUACUACAACAGCAGAUGGAGAAAAUGACCUUUUUAAAAUCACAAUUGGAGAGAAUGGACACUAUAAAAUCAAAAGUGCUAUUUUUGAUUCAACAAUUCAGGGGCCAGGCUGGGGACGUGUUUAGUGGUGCUGGAGAUCAAAGCUUAACACUAGUGCAACAAAGAUCCUCUUCUGCAGUGACAUUAACCAGAGAAUUGAUGCAAUUGGAAGUGUUAAAGGAAAUUUGGGGAUGCAUAUAGCGUUUAUAAAGUGAACUAGCUUCCAUCUCAAGUAACAUGCCUAUGUAUUCUUAUUUAGUAGUCAAAGACCUAUAUUAUUUAUAGAGAAUGAAUAGACGGGGUCAUAUGGCCUUAAAACUAGAUUUGAAU